AUGGAUUGUUUAGUGUUUUCUAUGUCAGAACAUUACUCGAUAUCUAGUAGAAAAUCAUCGAUCCCUGAUCCCUGUUUUUCAAAAAACAGGGAUUUUGAGAAACACUACUUAACACUCUUACAGUUUCCAAUUAUGUUAGAAGCAAACUGCAACGAACUAGAGAUUACGCUCAGUUGCGAAACACGAGCUGGUCAUAGAAAUUAUGGAGAGUAA